UGAGAGGCCGCUGUUUACUUAUCACAUGCGCAGUGAGACGAGACGCCAUCUUUGUUUGAGAAGGCUCUUGUUCAGCUGCUAAAAUGACUGAUCGUUACAACAUCCACAGUCAACUAGAACAUUUGCAAUCCAAGUAUGUAGGAACAGGCCAUUCUGACACCACUAAAUUUGAGUGGCUUGUCAACCAGCACAGAGAUAGUGCCUCAGCAUACAUCGGUCACGGUAAUCUCUUGGACUACUUUGCCCUGGCGGAGAAUGAGACAAAAGCAAGAGUUAGAUUCAACCUUCUAGAGAAAAUGCUGCAGCCCUGUGGCACACCCCCGCAGCGACCAGAAGAGUGACAGACAUCUUAGGAAAUGUGCUACGCCCACAUGUGUUCCUCAGCAAGACUAAGGCAGUACCACUUGGAAAUAUUCGGAAUACUUUUGUUCGAAAAUUUUUACAGUUUGUACAUAGACUUUAUAUUGUUCAUAGGCUCUUCGGCCUACCUGUUAAUCGCAACAAAUGCAGCAGCUGUUGAACAAACAAAAAUCGCAAAAACAGUAGCAACAGCAGCAAUAGUAACAGUCAUCAAAAGCAGAAAUACAAAUAAACGGCGGUUUUAAAAAUUCUGCUUACUCUCGCCGACUUUUCUUUUGUCAAUCACGCCACUUCUCUGUAAGGCGCCUACCAAUUAACAAGCACCUAAUGUAAUCCCGUUAGUCUAAAUGGACUCUGCUAGCAGGCGAGAACGUGGCAAGUCUGUGCCUGGUCUAUAUUUUACUUUAGAUUUUGUGAAACGAAUCUUAUUUGCCUGGUGUACGGGCCUUUCUUUCGGGGGAUGAUAAGAACUUAUAUUAUCUCCUUUUUGCUUUGAAGAGUUCAAAUAUUUACUGAAGUUUUUUCAGUAAUUAUUUUUUUUCAAUAAAUGUUCUUAUUUAUCAUGUAAACCUUGUUUUUAAGUGCUGUUCAUUAGCGCUAUGGAUGCUCAUGGACUGAUUGAUACCGUCAUAAAAACAGACUGUCGGCAUACCCUAAAGAGUCCAUUUAAUACCAUUUAAUUGUCUCGCUUGCUAAUGUCCUAAUCCCAGUGAACAAUAAAAGACUGAAGUUUUAGCAGCUA